CCAGUGCCGCUGCCGGGUGCUGGAGGCGCCAUUGGAGCCGGUUUGGCUUGCGAGCUCCGCUGAGGAGUCGGAGGUUGGGCUGCAGUUGCCUCCGCGUCCGCUCCCGGUCUCUGGCCCCUUGGCGGCAUGGCGUGCGGGGCGACUUUGAAGCGGCCCAUGGAGUUCGAGGCGGCGCUACUGAGCCCUGGCUCCCCGAAGCGGAGGCGCUGCGCCCCUCUGCCCGGCCCCACUCCGGGCCUCAGGCCCCCGGACGCCGAGCCGCCGCCGCUGCUCCAGACGCAGACCCCAUCGCCGACUCUGCAGCAGCCCGCCCCGCCCGGCGGCGAGCGGCGCCUUCCAACACCGGAACAAAUUUUUCAGAACAUAAAACAAGAAUAUAGUCGUUAUCAGAGGUGGAGACAAUUAGAAGUUGUUCUUAAUCAGAGUGAAGCUUGUACUUCGGAAAGUCAGCCUCAUUCUACAGCCCUCACAGCACCUAGUUCUCCAGGUACCUCCUGGAUGAAGAAGGACCAGCCCACCUUUACCCUCCGACAAGUUGGAAUAAUAUGUGAGCGUCUCUUAAAAGACUAUGAAGAUAAAAUUCGAGAGGAAUAUGAGCAAAUCCUCAAUACCAAACUAGCAGAACAAUAUGAAUCUUUUGUGAAAUUUACACAUGAUCAGAUUAUGCGACGAUAUGGGACAAGGCCAACAAGCUAUGUGUCCUGAAGCUUUCUUGCAUAUCUGGGUACCAGGUUUGACCUCAAGAGAUGGCUGCUGUACACUUUUUGCAACUGGUUUGAUAUCACAUUUCAGCUCCAACUUUGCAUCCUGAGAACACUUAAACGUUUCUGCAGGUCCAUUUUAUACAACUUGAAAGACCUUAAAACUUUCUGGUUGCCACAAGCAUAUCUUUCUUUUCUGCUCAUCCAAUAAACAGCUGUGCCCUACUGUGAUAGAUUUUCCAAACAAAAAUACCUGGAGCAGCAGUUUAGCAAAAUAUGCCCUCAGUGGCACUCAGCAAAUGGAGAUUCCCCAAGCACAGUUCUGUAAGAAGUGUGUGUGAGAGAGAGAGUGUGUGUGUGUGUGUGUGUGUGUGUAUUUUAAGUUAUUAUUUGUAUUGUGCAAAUUUUUUGAUCUUGGGGAGUCUGGCUGUGAAUUUGAUGCACGACAAUUAUGGUUAAAAACAUUUGCUUGGUCUACAGAAGAUCAUUAAUGUUUUGUGGCCAUAUAAGUUGUAAUGGUGGAUUGUUUUAUGUGUAGGUAUUAUUAUUAAAUACAGGGACUGUUUCCAGGCACAGAAUAUGAAUCAUAAGUUAGGAUGGACAUUAGAUGUGAUUAUGAUGACAUAGCAAAGGUCUGUGGUCCUAGGUCUACAAAUGCGUGGUGAGGAAUUAGGACAGGACAAACUGGAGACGGGCUGUUUGACACGUGGACUCUGCCCAGCCAUGUUGAAAAAUACUUGACUCCAAGCCUUAAAAUAUCCAUGUGGAGUCUGUGCUCACCUCAUUCACACAAAGAGCUCCCUGGACACUGAACCUCUAAAAAGAAAAAGUCUCCCCUGGAGCAGGAGCAUCAGGGUUUGCUUGGGAGCACAACAUAGGUGAGUGCGGGGCUGGGCCAGCCCCUGGUGGCACUGCUACUUGGGAGGAGCCGCUUUGCCUUUGAAUCGGUUAUUACAAACAGAAUUAGGGUCCUUUGGUCAGGUUCCCCCAAAUUCUUUUUAGGAGGUGACCAUGUUCAAUUGCUUGAGCUUUGUUUUGGCAACCCCCCUGCCCAAAGUUGCUUACAGACUGUUCUUCACCUUGUUCCUGAGGCCGAGGAACAGAAAGUAGCCUCUGUUUUGAGGAGGUGGAAGUUAUGUAUACAUUUAUUUUUUACUGUGACUUGUUCAGGACCACAUUUUACAAAAUGCCUUGUUUCCUUUAUUAUUGUUUCUGGAAAGGAAAGUUCUAUUAAAACUGUUUUAGUUUGACUAUAGAAUAGUUUUAUUAAUUAGGGCUUAUUUUGAAAAAUUCUGAGUUAUAAAUCAAAAGUAUGCCAGUACCUUCCAAAGUAAGGUAAUAUUCAGAGACAGUUGUUCUGAUCAGAUGGCUUAGAGAAAUUCUGGAAUAUUCAUAUUCGAAGAUUCCUUAUUAAUGAAUGUCUUUGACUUAAAUCUAACCAAAAACUGCAACAUUAUUCUUUGUACAUUUUCAUUAUAUAGUGUUAACAAGCUUAGUUGCAAACAAAUAAAAUACUUAAGCUAUUUUGUUUACCUUGCUUUCUUAAUACUGUGAUAAUGUUUAUUCAAAUAAUUUAUGGGAGGCUGCUAUAACCAUUUCCCCAGUAAAACAUGACAUUUAAGAUUUAUAGACUUUUUUAAAAGCCCAUCAGUGAUCUUUUAAUAAUUAAAUAAUUAUCUUACUUCACAUUUGAAGGGUAGUUUGUUUUAUCUCUUCUUUUUCCAGGGUAGUCACUUGUUCCUGGAAGAGGAGCAUAGCGGUGGCUGUCAUGGGCCUUACAGUGGGAUAGUCACACCAAAACAAGGUGGUCUUCAUCAGACCUGAAGACCAAAACCUUCCUUUCUGCAGCAGCAAUUCUCAACUUUCCAGUAUGAAGAGCCCUUUGUUAACCUCAAAAUCUCCCAUUCUUUAAUUAGAAUUUGUACUUUCAGGUGUUUGACUAAGAAAACAAUAAAAGAUGAAUGACAAAUGAA